AAGUAGAUGAAAAUUUUAAUUAUAUACCAGAUAAAAUUACUAUAGAACUAGCAAGACAAUUAAAUACAAAUCUGAAACAGUUUUUAGUAGGGUCAAUAGAAACCGAAAAUAUUGAACAUGAAACUGAAAAGGAAAUAUCUCAAAUUAAUAAUAAUAGUAUUUUAAUUACUUGUGUAAUUAUUGAUCAUAUUGAUGGUAAUAUUAAAAAGUGUGGUUCAACAAAUAAGUUACGCAGAUUAUGGCAACUAGUUUGGACAUGGGAAUUAGAUACUGAUACAGUAAUACAAGCAAAAAAAGCAACUUGA